UACAGGACGGCGGAGUUCGUCGGCUGGUCUGAGCCGAAGCCGCCCGGUUAUAUAAAUAGGUGAAGAGGGGCAGUAGGCACCUCUUGCACUUUCCUGUGGAGCGCGAAACUACGGCCAGUCUUAGCCGAGCGCGAUGGCGAGACGCACGUACUUGUGCCUCGGCGUGCUGCUACUCGCCCACUUAGUCGUGGGCGAGACCCGUGUGAAGCGUCAGGAGGAUGACGGAGGCGAGGACGCGACCCCCGAGCAGCUGUGCGAGGACCGCCCCCCGGACGAGUACUUCAGACUCACCACCGAGGGCGACUGCCGAGAUGUCGUCAGGUGUGACAAAGGAGGUGAAAAUGGCGUCACCAGACUCGCAUCAGUCCGCUGUCCCAUCGGACUGGCUUUCGAUAUCGACCGUGAAACUUGUGACUGGAAAACAAAUGUUAAGAAUUGCGAUAAAAUAGAAAAGCCCAGAAAAAUUCUGCCGAUACUAAAGACAGACGAGCCAAUCUGUCCUGAGGGCAAGCUGGCCUGCGGAAGUGGGGACUGCAUGGAAAAAGAGUUGUUCUGUAACGGGAAACCCGACUGCAAGGAUGAAUCAGAUGAAAAUGCUUGUACCGUGGACGUCGAUCCCAACAGAGCUCCGGACUGCGACCCCAACCAGUGCACCCUGCCCGACUGCUUCUGCUCCGCCGACGGCACCCGCAUCCCCGGGGGCAUCGAGCCCAACCAGGUGCCCCAGAUGAUCACCAUCACGUUCAACGGCGCCGUGAACGUCGACAACAUAGAUUUAUACGAGCAGAUCUUCAAUGGCAAUCGUCACAACCCCAACAGUUGCCAGAUCCGCGGUACGUUCUUCGUUUCGCACAAGUACACCAACUACGCCGCCGUCCAGGAGCUCCACCGUAAAGGUCACGAGAUCUCAGUAUUCUCCAUAACGCACAAGGACGACCCGAAUUACUGGAGCAGCGGCAGCUACGACGACUGGCUCGCCGAGAUGGCCGGCGCCCGGUUGAUCGUCGAACGUUUCGCGAACAUCACCGACGCGUCCAUCAUCGGAGUCCGCGCCCCCUACCUGCGAGUCGGUGGAAACAAGCAAUUCGAAAUGAUGGCCGAUCAGUACUUCGUGUACGACGCCUCCAUCACCGCGCCCCUCAGCCGCGUUCCUAUCUGGCCGUACACCCUGUACUUCCGUAUGCCGCACAAGUGCAACGGUAACGCCCACAACUGCCCGUCGAGGAGCCACCCGGUUUGGGAGAUGGUCAUGAACGAGCUGGAUCGUCGAGAUGACCCUACCUUCGACGAAUCUCUCCCGGGUUGUCACGUCGUCGACUCCUGUUCCAACAUCCAAACCGGCGAGCAGUUCGCGCGCCUCCUACGUCACAACUUCAACCGCCACUACACGACCAACCGUGCUCCCCUCGGUCUGCACUUCCACGCUUCGUGGCUCAAGUCUAACAAAGAGUUCAGAGAUGAGCUCAUUAAAUUCAUCGAAGAGAUGUUGGAAAAGAACGAUGUAUACUUCACGUCUAUGAUUCAAGUGAUCCAAUGGAUGCAAAACCCGACUGAGCUAUCGUCUCUGAGAGACUUCCAAGAGUGGAAGCAGGACAAGUGCGACGUGAAGGGUCAACCCUUCUGCUCGCUGCCGAACGCCUGCCCGCUGACCACCCGGGAGUUGCCCGGGGAGACACUCCGCCUGUUCACCUGCAUGGAGUGCCCGAACAACUACCCGUGGAUCCUGGAUCCUACGGGAGAGGGCUUCAAUGUUAGGAAGUGAUCUCUUUAAGUUAAAUAGAAAAGACUGUACACAUGUAAAUAAUACUCAGUAAUGUUAAUAAAUACAAUCGCGAGUUAUAGAUGGCAGCUAUAACGAACAUCGACAUAAUAAUAUUUUGUUACUGUUUUAUUGUGUAUCGACUAUUGUGUUGAAACUACUAGCUCGAGUUGAUGUGCGGCGUACUGAUAAUAUUAACUAUUAUCGAUCAUGUUUCUACUGCCUCUUCACAUUUUAUACAAAGAUAAACUUAAUUGUUUGUAUUAAGUUUUAGGUUGUUACAAUCUUAUGAACAAUAAUAUAAUUAUAAUUGGUAA